UCCACACAUAUCUCCGCGACGAUGUCGGACUACCAAAAGCAGAUGAUGCACCAUGUUGGUGCCAGUGGCGUCAUGUUAUGCUUGUCAAUGGCGUGGGAGCUGGGCGUGGUGGAGAUGCUGCUGGAAGCCAAACAGCCUCUUACAUCACAACAGGUGGCGGACAAGUUGAACCUUAGAGAAAGGUAUGUCCGUGAGAUCCUAGGUGCCUUGACUGUCGGAGAGGUCAUCAGCGUGGAUGACUCGUCCACCAAGUUCCAUGUUCCAGAGGAUCACAAACAAACAUUAGCGACAGUGUCGGUAUUUUCCAGAUUUAUGCCACAGUUUGGUAUGAGAUAUAACAAUGUCAUGGAUUGUACCCAACAACGGAACCCUGGCGGAAUGCUCUACGGUGAAAGCCCUUGGAUGUAUAGCAUACUGGAAGACAUGUUGGUCACAGCCAAGAAAGAUAUGAUUGAUACGGACAUCCUGCCUGCCAUGCCUCAGAUAGUGCCGAAGUUAGAAUCAGGGAUCAAAGUUGCGGAAUUGGGCUGCGCAACAGGAUUCCUGGUAAACAAAUUAGCCUCCCGAUUCAAGAAAAGCGCCUUCCUUGGUGUGGACGUAGCAAGCAAGCCACUGGAAGAAGCCAGAGCAGAUGCAAAUGGCCGUGGCAUUCAGAAUAUCACCUAUAGCACUGAUAAUAUUGAAAACAUAUCUGAAAAAUACAACGGGAGUUUUGACUGGAUACUAACCCGCUAUGUCAUUCACGACCUUGCCUAUCCCCAGCAAGCUUUAAACCAGAUCUAUCGGUGUCUGAAACCAGGAGGUAUUUACAGCAUGAUUGACGUUGCACUUGAGGAAGGAAUUAUUGGUAACAUUGCAAAUGGGACAUCUAUGUUGUACUACUCGCUCAGCACAUUUAUGUGCCUCCCGGAGAGCUUCCGCCAGCCUGACUCUGCAGCUCUUGGGGCAACAUGGGGUGCACCUUUGGCAAGAGAGAUGGUUGCCAAAGCUGGUUUCACCAUCAUAAACGAGUCUGCAAGUCCCACUGAUGAGAAGGAAAUCCACUUUGUCUGUCAGAAGUAG